GGUUAAAACCAAUUGAAAAUGUAUCUAAGAAUGUUAAUUUCCAAAAUUUAUUGACGGUUGUGAGAUAUCACAAAACUGUUUUAAACUGAAUGUCCUGGUAUUAUUCCCAUUUUUUCCACUAGGUUACCACCAACGAACAUGAUUUUGGUCUAGGGGCUCCAGUUUCUGAAGCUGGAAAAUACCAGAAUACUCUCCAGCUAGAACAAGAAGUGAGAACUCAAGAUAAAUUCCUCUCUACACUAAAAUUACAGAUUGAACUCGUUUUCCAGCAAAAUAACAUAACAGUAUUGGAAGAUACAAUAAAAAGACUUAGAUCUACUUGAUUCCUUUAUCAAGACUUUAGAAGCAGACAGAGAUUACUACGAGAGUGAAGCUCAAAACUUGAGAAAGAUGAUCAGAAGUAGAUCUAAAAGUCCGAGACACCCACCUCCAUCUUCCCGGGGUACAACCUGUGAUGUAGACCUUUUGAGGACAACACGAGACCGCGAAGAGCUUAAGUGCAUGCUGGAAAAAUAUGAGCGACAUUUGGCAGAAAUUCAGGGUAAUGUCAAGGUUCUUACAUCGGAGAGAGACAAGACCUUUGUCCUUUAUGAACAGGCGCAGGAAGAAAUUGCCCGACUUCGACGAGAAAUGAUGAAAAGCUGUAAGUCUCCUAAAUCAACAACAGCACAUGCCAUCCUCCGGAGGGUGGAGACUGAAAGAGAUGUAGCCUUCACUGAUUUACGAAGAAUGACCACAGAACGAGAUAGUCUGAGGGAAAGGCUAAAGAUUGCCCAAGAGACAGCAUUUAAUGAGAAGGCUCACUUGGAACAAAGGAUAGAGGAGCUGGAGUGUACAGUUCAUAACCUUGAUGAUGAACGUAUGGAGCAAAUGUCAAAUAUGACUCUGAUGAAGGAAACCAUAACCACUGUGGAAAAAGAAAUGAAAUCACUAGCAAGAAAAGCAAUGGAUACAGAAAGUGAACUUGGCAGACAAAAAGCAGAGAAUAAUUCUUUGAGAUGGAUUCCUGUGUAGUGGAAGAGUCUUUUUAUUAUUUUGGAAAAUAUGUAGCUGCAAUGCAGUUUAACAGCAUAAAGAUCGCCAUGAUGUACACUGGAAGGUUUUGCCAUAAUCCUCUGCUUGCCUUUUUAGGACUCAUUCAUUAUCAUUUGAAUUGAUACAUUUAUUACAUUUAUGCUUCUUAUUUUAGCACACAUUUUUUAAAAGUGCCGUUUUACAAAAAUAAAAAUAAAAAAGCUAAGAAAAUAGUCUUUUAGAGCAUUUGAAGGGAUUCUUCAGUUGUAUUGCAGUAGAAUUUCACUACAUUUUCAAUUUUUUCUUACUGUUGACUUAUUAUGCCAUCCUGCAGGUAGUGAUUUUCCCCCCCAGAUGCAUGCUGGAUGAGGGUUACUAGGUAGGAUCUUGUAACAGUCCAUUGUGGUGCACAGGAUAUUGGUCUCCACUGUCCAGGGCAGCUCCACCAAAAGCCAAAUAAGCUUCUGUGGUAGCGCCAAUGUGACUCCUAUUGCCUUGCCUCCAUGACCCAGGGACAGUGUUGUUGGCUUUCCUAAUAGCUUCCUGGUCAGCCAGAGGGCUGCUACUUAGCUAGCUCUCUGCUGCUGCUGCAGGAAAAUUGGUUACCUUUUUAUUUCUUCCAGUAUUUCAAUAUAU